UCUAAUAAAUAGUCUCUCAGAUUUUGAAAUCUCGUUCUGAAACUUUGCGCACGGUUAUUUCUCCCCAAGAAGCUGUGCAUUUGUCGGAACCGCCGAUAUCGGACCAUUCUAAAAUGUAGCUGCCAUACAAACUGAUCUAUCAAAAUCCAGUCCUUGUAAGGAAAACUUUUUUUGCGACAAGAUAUCUAUACGAAAUUUAGCAUAGAUUAUUGUCCAAGCCAACGCUACAAUUUCCGAACAAAUUAUUUGAAUCAGACUAAUCAAAUUCAUGAAAAAUAUCGUUUUAUGCCCCUUUUUUUGCUAUAAGAAGAGCAUCUGUGAAGCGUACUCGAAGUGCACCCGAAGUUAACUAUUUAAUUAGCUUUCUUAUAUAAUAUAGGUCUAAUGACGAUUAUCACAGCUGCUCCGGAAGUGCUAAUUUGAUAUUAAUAUAUUUGACAACGCUUGCUACUAAAGUGACGUCACAUGCUACUUACUUGACAGCAAGAGUGAUAGAAAUAAAGUCAACUUUUUACUGUUCCGCUUACUGCUUCGUUCGGUCAAUUUUAAUUUCGAAAUAUUCUUAUCUGUAAUAUGUAGGAGAAUAGCGUUAUUUUAAAAUUCUUUAAAAACUUCUAUGAUAUUUGCAUUUUUAUUAGUUGAAAAAUUUAACUUUUAGACGAAUACUUGUAUAAUAAAAUAUAUAUUAUCGUUUGUAUUUUCCAUGUAUAUCGGUCAGUAUGUAAGAUAUCUUAACCAAAUCAGAGUGAGAAUUUGUUGGGUUUUUCUACCAAAAAUUGAAAAGGUGCGUUCAUACCUUCCUCGAGCCGACAAUUUUAUCAAAAUUUUAUCGAAGUUACUUUUACAAGUAUAUGAAUUGAUAUAGAGACAUUAUAAGUCACUCUUAUAUCGACUAAUAUAUAGUUAUAAUGUCUAAUUUUUGAGAACAUUUCGUUUAGCUCGAUGUAGCUUGGUAAUCUCAUUUAUAUUAUAAAUUAAAUAAUUCUCAUAAUCUAAAUUUGGUGAGAAUAUUUCGCUUGGCACCAACAAAUAUGUAUACUUGAAAGCGUUAGUUAGACUGCCCUUGUAAAAGUACUUCGACUCUAUCGCGCUAACGAUUAUGACUUUGAAAUUUGUAAAAUAUUGAACUAAAGCGAGAGAAAACUAAUGUAUAUGCAUUUAGCUAAUUAUGAGGCGUGAAGAACGCACAAAGCUUUCAGCAAAAAGCUGCGCUAUAUAGGACAUCAAAUAGCAAUGACAUACCAUCUCAUUAUCACUAACAACAUGAUUUAGAUAAUUUUACUUUUUUGCAGGCAAUUUACAGUGCAUUUAUAGCGGUAUAUUACUUUUCUAUUUUAAGAUGAAAAGCUUUGUUUUGUUUUAACCAAAAAUUAGUCACUUCAUUAAAUUCGUCGUAUAUAAUUCUAUAAUUUUAUAAUUUUGUUUUUUAUAUGUUUAGGUGUAGGUAUAAGAUAUAUUCGUGGUCUUUAUAACUUGAACAGGGUAUAUUAAGUUUACCACAAUUUUUUUAAUGCCCAGAAGGAAACAUCGGAGACAUUAUAGUAUAUAAAUAUAGUAUAUACAAAUGAUCAACAAGACGAACUGAGUCGAUUUAGUCGCACAGUUUUUGAGUUAUCGUUCUGAAAUUUAGCACACCAAAGCUAUAAUUUCCGAAGAAAGUAAUUGCUGAUGACUCGACUCAAUUAAUUUUACUGAAUGGUUCUUUUAAAAGGGAAAGAGAAAAAAUAUGUUAACACAUUGAAUACAUUGAAUAUAAUUUAAUUACUCAAAAGUACUGUGAAUAUUCUUUUUAAUAUUGUAUAAGAGAUUUUAUACAAUAUUCAGAAUCUAAAUAUAAAUCUAUCUAUCUUAAAUUUUUAGAUAGACAUAAACCUUACACAUUUUUAAAUUAUAUUUGUCCGAAGAUAAGUCUUCUAUUCACUGAAAUGAAGUUGUAUGCAUCGAUUAGAUUUCUUUUUAAUAAUUAUGCAUUGCAAUAUUAAAUUAUUUUCUUGCACUUAAGCAUAUCUUUUUUACAUCACUUCUAAUCCGUAUUCUCGGUUUACAACAAAAUUCGCUUUUUUCCUGGUUUUAUUUUCUCACACGCCGCCUUCAUUUGAAGUCUAUAACCAUUUUCAUAGAUUUACCGGCGAUAAUCUCUUUGUUUAGAAAUUUUUGUAUGUUUAUCUGUAUAUAUGUAUGUAUAUAUUUAUGUAGUUAGGUAAAAGUCUCAUCGCAUCUCAGAGCAACGCUGAGCAAUCAAAUCACCUCAAGUGUUCAUAGUUCGAAUAUUUUUUAUUUGUAUAAUGAUACUAACACAUAUAUAUGUACGAUUGUAUGUAAAUGUAUUUUAUUUAUACCAUAUAUGUUGGUAUGUAUACAGACAUUAUUGUCUAUAAAUAUUCAAGUCACCAAAGCAGACAUUUCAGUUCAGUUAUACACAUACAACGGUCGCAACGUGUUGUUGGCUGUGAGAGCGCGCGUGUGUGUCUUAAGUCUUUCGUUUUUCCCCUACAAAAACACAACAGUACACCGCUUCGAAUUGAUAGCGAUAAAUAAAGAUAAAAGAAGCAGCAUUGUGCAAUUAUUAAAUAAAAUUUAUAAUUUUGUUAUUACAUGGCAUAUAUAUACUGUGAUAUAUAUAUAUAUGUAUAUAAAUACAUACAAUACAAUUUCUAAGUGAAAAUCAAUAGAGGAAAUUCACAAAAAUGAAGUCCUACAUCAGCACAGCUACCGUUUUUAUUAUGUUCUUUGCGCUGACAAAUGCCACCGAAGUGAGAAAGUGUCCCAAGUCGACUGCACGCGCUUUAACCGCGGAUGAAGUAACCAUCUCCAAUUGCCCCAAAAAUAAAUGCACACUCAAGCGCAACACCGAGGCCAGCAUUGAAAUGAAGCUUAAACCCGAACGUGACUUUAACGAACUCAACUCCGAUAUACAGGGUAUUAUUUUGGACGUACCACUACCGUUCCCUGGCUAUUAUGGCACCAGCGCCUGUCCGUACAUCUACGAUGCCGAGGGCAAAGAGAAGGUGGGCUGCCCACUUAAAGCCGGACAAACAUAUACCUACAAGAAUAGUUUCAAAAUUUUACCAAUCUAUCCGACUGUUAAUUUGGUCAUACACUGGGGCUUGGGUGAUAAACAGGGUGAUGUUGUAUGCUUCCAAAUACCGGCUAAGAUAAAGUCGUAAAUAUUUGUAUGAAGGAAUGUUGGCAAAUAUAUUGUGUUACUUACUUACAUAACUGUAUUAAAAUAAUGAAAAUAUUUGGGUAAGAAUAAACGUGUCAGUGCUCUCUUUGAUUAAUAUUUAUAUAAUAACUUUAAUAAACAAAAACAACUUUUAUAUUUUUUAGAGAUUUUCAUAUUUGUAAUUAAUUUUUAUUUUUUUUUGUUUGUUAAUUUAAAUAUUGUUUUUGCGAAUUGAAAACAAAUACAUGGUUGCUUAUACUUAUGCA